CAUAUCUUUUUUCUUCCUAUUUUAUAACGAACAUUUGGUCGAGUAAUUUUUGUGCGUGAAAACAAAAUAAAAACAAAUCCCAUUUCAAAGAUGUUACGAAAAUCCGCGGAGCUCCUCCGCCCCAUGCAGUUGACGCGACACAUCCGGGUUGCCUCCUUGAAAUAUCAAGAAUUCGACCCCAACGAAUCCCGUCUGCCGGACAAAAUCAAGCGUGAAAUCGAUGCCUCAAAGAAAACUCUUCAAUGGCGAACUCCAAUCGGAGAUCGACCAGGUGAUUGGAACUCUAAGUUGAAAACAUUUGCUGACAUGGAACAAACAGCGGACUACAUAACCAUGAUGCAGAAACCAAUCGAUCUAAGUCCGAAAGCUCUGAAAGAGUGGUGGACAGAGAGGAGAGAACGCACAGAGAGAUUCCUCCAACAAUACGUGGUCGAGCGUCAUGAGCAACUGGGCAAUGAGCUGGCCGCAGCACAUUUUAUCAUUUUCCGAGGAGGUUCUGUGAAAUUCCAUCACGAACGAGAUUGGAAGAGAACCGACGAGGAAGGUGAAUAUAAUCUGCCAACAAAGUUCCACCCGGCAUGGAAAGUCGAAGCCAUAAAGUGUGACAACAUGACUUUGUAUUACGAGGGUCUUGAGAACAUUCGGUGCUUGCCAAACCUCAAAUUUCUCUCGUUUCGAAAUGUAGCAACUUUCGACGACUGGUGCCUGGAUCGAGUGUCAGGAUCUGAAUUCUGUCGGUUAGAAGUGCUCGAUCUUUCCGGAACACAAGUGACCGCCAAUGGACUACAAUGCCUCUACAGAAUACCCACAAUGAAGCUCCUCAUAUUAGACGAUCCAAAGGCGUCGGUAGAACUCGAAUUGUCUUGCGCCCUCCUGGAGGAGGCAAUACUCAAUUUAAAGAUUUUCCAUGCCAAGGACAUUCAUGGUGAAGCAGAAAAAGAAAGCAGUGAAAAUACCUCCUAAAUUAGUAUUUUGAAAAAAUAUAUAAAAUCUUUAAAACUUUA